UCUCUUCACGCUUCUCAUUGUGUUGUCACCUUUGAGUGCAGCAGAUAACAAAACAAAGAGCUUCCAAGAAGAUGAGGGCUGUCUGCUUAAUCCUUUUCUACCUCACUGAAAUUUAUGGCCAGCUCUGGAAGAGUGUAGAUCAGCCCGACGUGCUGGUGACAGCACAGCCUGGAGACACUGUGAUCCUCCCAUGUUUCUACUCUGCACAAGAAGUGCCCAACAUCAACUGGUUCAAGCAGCCUCUUCGACAGAAGCCUCAGCUUGUAGCAAUAAUAAUAAACUCUGAAUCAGAUGCUAUAUUUGUAAAUGAGUUUAAAGACAACACACGCUUUAGUGCUGAAGCAGCAAAGGGGGUCUUUAAUCUGAUUGUGUCAGGAGUAGAGCCGUCUGAUUCUGCAACAUACUACUGCGCUAUUUCGCGCUACAGUGAGAUGAGCUUUGGAGAUGGAACCACUUUAAUGGUGACGGGGUCAGAGUCACCAAACAGGACAGUAGUGCUGCAGCAGCCCGAGUCUGAGUCAGUGCAGCCUGGAGACUCUGUGACUCUGCAGUGUACAGUACACACUGAGACCUGUGCAGGAGAACACAGUGUGUACUGGUUCCGACAGAGCACAGGAGAGUCCCCUCUAGGAAUCAUUUACACCCAUGGAAACAGGAGUGAUGAGUGCCAGAGGACCUCUGGGGCUGUGUCUCCCACACAGAGCUGUGUCUACAACUUCCCCAAGAGGAACCUCAGCCCCUCUGAUGCUGGGACUUAUUACUGUGCUGUGGCCACCUGUGGGGAGAUCCUGUUUGGGAACGGGACCAAACUGAAUGUUGAGGGAGGUGAAUAUGCUGCACAGUUAUCCAGGUUUGUCUGGCUGUCAAUCAUAAGGACUGGAGUCCUGUGUUGCAUCUUGCCGAUAUUUAUCCUGACCCAUUGCAAAAAGGCAUGAAUAAUAAUGCUAAUAUGGGCUUUCAUAUCAUUUAAUCAGCCAGUGAGUCAUAUUCAUAAUAAUAUCUCCUUCUACCUAUUCCUUUUCUUCUCCCUUAUUAUUAUGAUUGUUAUUAUCAUCGUCGUCAUCAUCAUCAUCACCAUUAUUAUUAUUAUUGUUGUUAUUGUUAUUAUUAUUGUUAUUUCCAAGACAGACUCCAUAUGCAAAUAAACCAAGUGUAUUAAUCCUUA